AUGGAUGUACUUUAUCAUCAAACCAGUCAAUUAAUACAGGAAGCAUUCGAUUUAUUUCAUAAACUUGAUUCCAUUCCAGACUCUGAUAAAGUAGAAAAUGAUAUACAAUUUAAGAUUAAUGCUAUUAAUGGAAAUUGUGAAAAGCUUGAUAUUUUGGUGUUCAAAACACCAAUUAAUCAGAGACCUAUGGCUAAGAUGAGAGUAGAUCAGUUGAAAUAUGACAAUAAACAUUUACAGGCCUCAUUAAUCAAUGCACAGAAUAAAAGGAGAAGACGAGAACAAGAAAAGUCUGAAAGGGAACAAUUGUUGAGUCGACGUUUUGGUAAUGACCAUAUGGCAAUAACAGUGGAUUAUAUGGCUCAGGAAAAUACCUCAUUGCAGAAUUCUCAUAGGAAUGUUGAUGAAAUGUUGCAUACAGGCUCAAGUAUUUUGGAGACACUGCGAUACAACCGAGACACACUCAAAGGUGCUCAUAGAAGACUUAUUGACUUGGCGAAUACCCUUGGCCUGUCCAACGCAACGAUUUCUCUAAUAGAAAAAAGGGUGUCGCAAGACAAAUACGUCCUCUUUGGUGGAAUGUUUGUGACAUUGUCUGUGAUCGCUCUUGUUAUUAUCUAUUUUAUAUAA